UCAGCUGACAGGAGGGAGGGGCUAGCAGUUAGCUGUUAGCUGUUAGCUGUUGUUAGCUCCGGGUGCUCAGUGUGUGUGGUCCCUGUAGAUCUCAGGGAUUCAAACCCUCAGUGCAACAUGUCUCGGUUCAGCUCGGACGUGGAGGACGAGCAGGACACCCCGCUGCUCCACCGGGGACACGAGGACAAAGUGCACAGAGCUCCAGUGUGCUGCUCCUCCCGCUAUGGCCUGGCCCUGCUCUCCUCCUACGGCUUCUUUGUGGUCUAUUCCCUGAGGGUGAACCUCAGCGUGGCGAUGGUGGACAUGCUCAACAACACCCAUCAGGCCGACGCCAACCACAGCGGCACAGUGUGUCCGGCUCAUGCCAACCCUGCACGGCCCAAACACAACCACACGGCCAGCGUGUACGACUGGGACUCGGAGACGCAGGGCUGGAUUCUGGGCUCCUUCUUCUACGGCUACAUCCUGACUCAGAUCCCUGGCGGCUACCUGGCAGGCCGCUACGGACCCAAGUGGCUGAUGGGCUUCGGAAUCCUGGGAACCGUGUUUUUUACACUGCUCACCCCUGUGGCUGCCGACUUGGGUGCAAGCUAUCUCAUCGCCGUCAGGGUGCUGGAGGGGGUCGGAGAGGGAGUCACGUUUCCUGCAAUGUACACCAUGUGGGCAGCGUGGGCUCCGCCGCUGGAGAGGAGCCGGCUGCUCACCAUCUCCUACAUUGGAGCCCAGCUGGGGACGGUGAUAUCUCUUCCUCUGUCUGGUGAAAUCUGCUUCUACCUCGACUGGACCUACGUCUUCUACGUGUUUGGUGCUAACGGUCUGGUGUGGUUCAUCUUGUGGGCUUUUCUCGCCUUCGACAGUCCGAACACUCACCCACGGAUCUCAGAGCGGGAGAGACUCUACAUCACCAACUCACUCAAGAACGAGCUGUCCACAUCUGCAGGCUACAUCCCCUGGAGAGCCAUCGUGACCUCCAGGCCGCUGUGGGCCAUCGUCGUGGCUCACUUCUCCUACAACUGGACCUUCUACACCCUCCUCACCCUGCUGCCCACCUACAUGAACGACAUCCUGGGAUUCAGCAUUCAGCAGAAUGGUUUACUCUCCGCUCUGCCCUAUCUGGGCUGCGCGGUGUUCGCUGUGCUGAGUGGGCAGAUUGCAGAUUACCUGCGGGAAACCUGCCGCACCCCCACAGUCACCGUCAGGAAGGUGUUCUCCCUCAUCGGUAUGAUCGGGCCGGCCGUGUUCCUGGUGGCAGCGGGUUACACCGGCUGCAACUACGUCCUGGCGAUCACCUUCCUCACCAUCUCCUCCGCUCUGGGUGGAGUGUCGGCCUCUGGGUUCAACAUCAACCACCUGGACAUCGCCCCUUCGUAUGCUGGAAUUCUGCUGGGAAUCACAAACACCUUUGCCACCAUCCCUGGCAUGGUGGGACCAGUCAUAGCAAGAGCCCUCACCACAAAUAACACCAUAGAAGAAUGGCAGACGGUCUUUUACAUCGCUGCAUCCAUCAACCUGGUCGGAGCGUCGUUCUACACCGUGUUUGGCCGAGGGACGGUGCAGCCCUGGGCCGUCCACACGUCCCUGCCUCAUCACGGAGACUGAGGCGGGAGACGAGCACCGGACUUGGUCGUUUGAUGAUUACGAAUCUCGGACGGACAAAUCACAAAUCGUAGGUUUAUUAAACAGGUAGUAGGGCGGCGCUGCUAAUUCGCAAAGCUCAGUAACCGUGAGUAACAGCCUUGAUUCUUUUUUCUGUGAACGUGGGUACUGAGGAACCUGCGGUGACAAAAGCAGAUUGCACUUUUAGUUCAGCAGAAAUGCUCUGGAGACGAAAUAACAAUUGAGCCAAGUCAAAGAAACACUGUUCAUCUCCGAGGCUUCUUAGCACGAGCGUCAGCACUGUUAUUAACUAGUUAGAUAAGAUGAUCCUUUAUUAGUCCCACUACGGGGACGCGUGCUACAACACAGCAGCAGAGGGGAUAAUGAAAAUAUCCACAUCUGUAAAGGUCAUAAACACAAGGAUAAUAUAAAACAUGAGAUAUACAGUGUCAACAGGAAUGAUGCUGUGAAUUACAGCUUCAACUCGAAAGGUCAGCUAGUGCAGUUUAGACAGUUCAAGCUUGAUGAAUAUAUCGUGAUGAACAAGCUGUGAAAGGCAAACGAUCCCACUUCUGUUACUUCAAAUGAUUCCACUCAGUUGUUAUUUCUGCCUCCAGAGCAGCUCUGCUUGAACUCUUUUACCCCUCUUGAGUUUUAUUUGCCAGAGUAAAAGUCAACACUCUUCAGAAGGACGUCUCACACUUUUGCGUGUACAGUUUGGGGUAACACAAAAGCUAGCCACACUACAACCCAUAAGUAAGUGCCAGUAAUGCCUAGUUCACACUGCAUGAUUUUCUACUCGCCAACAAAUUCUAGAACUCGCCGCCAAAAGCCGAAGAUAGAAGCCAAACGGUGGUUCUUCACUUAUCUUUACGUGUGAACUCUCAGAAGACGCAGUUCGAGAGUCUUGCCAACACGUCACAAGAUGAAUUAGCGACAACUGCAGCCAAUGACUUAGAAAGUCGUGCAGUCUGAACUUGGCAUAAGUGUUUAAACGGUUAAAAAUGUUUGCUUUAAAAUAACUAACGUGUCAUCGCCAACAAGAUGGACUCAGAGUGGAUAAGGUCUUUUUGUUUUAGAUGAAGGCUGCACAGCACAAACACUUUCCGGGGAAAAUGCCUUAAAGUGACGCCUCAUUAGAUUAUUUCAAAGCUCUUUGUCUUUAACGAGCGCCUUCGUAUAUUACUUAAAAAUACUUUAAAGUAAUAUACGAAGGCAACUGGACUUGAGAUUCUUCAAGAUGUUUUUCCCCUCAUGUCUUUUUUAACAUUUUUUUUGUAUUUACUUACUCAGACGGGGCAGUAAAGGGAUUUUAUGUGUACAACAGUGUGUGUUGUAUUCUCAGGUUGUGCCCCAGGAACCUCUUUGGUAGCAGCCCUGAGUUAAUGCCCAUGGGAAGUGCUGGUCAUGCCUUUCCAGUCUGUAACACUAAUAGAUGUUAAGCUGCAGGUGCCUCUGUAUUCAAAAGGGAAAGAAAGAGGUUCCUGAUGGACACAGCCUCGUUUCAUUCACAGGAUUUUGGGCCAAUUCUCAGGUAUCUUGUGUCAUGCAGGGACUAGAAAGGGAGAAAGUUUAUGUUUUACGUCUUGAUUCACCACAUCGGUGUGUUUUUAAAAUCAUUUUUAAUACCGGAUAUGUGGAAGCGACCAUGGACGUUGUAUCAGCUUUAUCUGACCAGUUUAAUAUCAUUUUCCCACAAGCUUUUCUCCCUUUUAGGUUUUGACCACAGAGAGAAACAUUUAGUCCUCGUGGACGACAAGUAGCACGAUCGUCCCAUUUCAAGAUGGAAAUGUCCUUGUGCCUUAUUACAUUAUCUUAAAAGGGAUCGGACAGUUCAGGUGUGUGUGUUUUAUUGUUUUAAUGAUUCCUUCUGUUCACUGCUGUUUUCUUACUUCAGUUUUACCUUCAUGUUGAGAGUAAAGGGACUUUUUGUAUGAUAUGCUGUAUAUAAACUACACCAAGUGAAAUCAAUGUAAACCUUCACCCUGGGAACAUUCCAGACAGAAUGUCUCAAAUCAGUGUCAUGUUCUGUAAAUACUUCAUCAUAUACAGCUGUGCUUCAAUCUCA